CUCUGAGGUUGUUAAACAAGAAGCUGCUGUGGAUACUGAAUUUCUGUCUUUACUGGAGAAACUUUUUACCAAGAUGCACCGGAGUAGAAGUUGGCACAACUAAGGAGAGCAUGUGCCUAAAUCUGAUGUCAACUUGGGACGUUACUCAGCCUUCUGGAGACGGGUGGCACUGCUUCUUACCUCGAAGAGAGAUUGCAAGUGCGGAAUGUUUGUGGACGGUCGUUCCCUGCGACUGAAGCGAGGUAGGUCAUGUGAGGGGUACACGGCACAGCUUCACAAGGGGCAGAGGUCAUUCCAAUUAAACGAGAGGAGUAAACACAGGGGUUAAUCUCCUCUCUUUAAAACUCCAGAGGGAAUAUUGACGACACUUUCAAAGCAAUGUGUGGAUAAGAUGUAAAUUAAGGAUAUGAAAGAGGAGGUAUAAGCUACCUUAAAAUAUCAUGUAAAUACACAUUUGGGUCGAAAAAUGUGUACUGCAGCAAUAACAGGAAGUUUAAAUUUAAUGUUUAGCUUGUGGGCUCUCAAAUAUUUGAUGAUGAUGGGUUAGGUUUUGAUGUGUGCUUGAAAACAUCAUCUCGAUAAGAUCAUCACAAUACUGUUUUCAAAUAUUCUUAAAAACUAACCUUCAAAUUUCUAUUCCUAUUCCGAUACUACAUCUAUAUGAAUUGAAACUCUAUACUCCAAUGGGACUAAAUCACAAAAGUUAAACAUCUAAAUAACAUAAACUUUCCUCAUUGCGAUAGAUUUUGAUUCCUCAUUUCUGAACUCAUUUGACUAUUUUUGGCUCUUCAAAAAGCAAGGAAAACAUAAAAUGGUCGAAAGGGUGUUAUAAAUUGUAGUGGGAGAGAAAGUUGGAAAGCAUAGUAUAAACAACAUGUCACUAACUCAUAUUUAUUCAUAAACAUGACUAAAAAAACUAUUUUUAACCGUCAAAUUUAGACAAGGAACUCCCUAACCGGUCUGCCAACAAAGGGUGUGAUGGAAGCUCAGCGUAUUUUGACUGCAAGGUCUCUUGGGUGGGCAGACUGCGAUUUCAGCCUGUGUUUGUGUGAGCACGCGGGUUUUAGAGCCUUCUUUGUGAUACCUGACACACACUCCCUCGCAAGUCUUUAUUUAGGGUGUACUAUAUUAAGCACUUUCCCAUUGAAAUACAGCACCAGCUGUACUGGCUAUGUGUUGUGGCUGCUGUUGCAACAGGACUUAGGAUGUUCCCCUCGCUCUGCUCACAUGUGUUUUUCUCUCAUGCAGACAGAUCUAAUUCAAUUAGACCUAAUAAUCAUACCAUCCGUUUGAGCUGCCACACAUGCACGUAAAGGCUAAGUGUCGAAAUGACAGAAGCUUUAUUUUCCAUUCCAAUCAUUAGGGUUCAUUUCCUUAUCAAUGGAAGGCUUAUCAUAUCCACUUGUAAUACAUAAGGUUAGUUCACAAAUGAUUGAUCUGGUUCCCAAAGAGAUGCAAGUAUUUGAAACACUUGUGCUGUUUGAAAUUAAAGUUAUUUAUGUUCUUUCCUCUCUAGAAAUUUGGAGUGCAGAAGUCGGACUUUCUUGCCCCUCUGAAUAGCUCCCACGCUCCUGGACUGCUUAGCAUAAGGACGAGCUGACAAAGAAGCAGCAAUGGAUGUGUUUGGAGGCGCACCGCGUUUCUUAGCCUACCCACGACCUGUGUUGGUGCAAAGUGGAACUGAUGCAGUCCUAAAGUGCCAAAUUGGUGGUGAUCCAAGACCUAAGGUUAUCUGGGAGAGAAACAAUGAAAAGAUUGACCCACAAGGACGAUACAGGGUCUUUGAGGAUGGAAAUGUUUACAAUCUCAUUAUUUCAGCUGUGACUACAGAGGACAGUGGCCAAUACAUUUGCAAAGCAAAGAAUGGCAUCGGGGAAACAUAUGCAGCAGCCACACUAAAAGUGGAGGGUGAGGCACAAGAGAUGGAGUUAAGAGAAGAAAACAAGCCGCGAUUCCUCAUCAAGCCUCUUUCUACCCGUGUUGGUCGAGGGGAGGAUGCCGUCUUCUCUUGUAAACUCUGGGGAAACCCACGACCAGAGGUUGUUUGGGAAAAGGACGGCAGAAAACUCAAUGAAAUAUUUGAAAGCACUCAUUUCAGUGUGGGCUACCAGGAUGGGGGAUGGUUCCAGCUCAAGAUCUUUAAGACUCGUGCACCUGAUGGUGGUGUGUAUACGUGCAAAGCUAGGAAUGAGUUUGGAGAAGCUUUGGCAGGAGCUGUAUUGCUUGUUGAUGCAGGGCCGGGACAUGAGGACGAUGGAAAUCGCAAUGGCUACACAAAUGGUCCCUGGAAAACCCACCAGGGAAAACAGAGGAGCGGGAGGCAAGUUCCCAGUCGACUCAAAGAUGACACCAUGACCAAGUCAACCAAAGUGAAAAUGUUUGCAGUGACAGAGGGCAAACAUGCCAAAUUCCGCUGCUUUGUGACUGGGAAACCCAAACCAGAAAUAAUAUGGAGGAAGGAUGGCAGACUUAUACUGUCUGGAAGGCGGUAUUUGUUAUACGAGGACAGAGAAGGAUACUUCACACUUAAAGUUCUGUACUGUAAGCAGAAGGACAAUGGAGUUUAUGUUUGUGCUGCCUCAAACACUGCGGGCCAAACCCUCAGUGCUGUACACCUCUCUGUUAAGGGUAAGUCAAAGUGUGGGUUUUAAUUUGAUAACAUGUUUAUAAUUCAAAUGAAUGCAGACACAGUUACAGCCUGUGACGGUUUGUGCAGUUAGUUUUGGAGUGAGAUAGGGUGUGGUGGAAUCUAGUGUAAGGUUUCUAUCCAUUUGAUGGUAGCAUGAUGUCAGUGAGAUAUAUUCAAAGAGGUACUCUGAGAUCAUUUAUUGGGGUUAGGCCAGAGGGGGAGGGCAAAGUACGACUUUAGAAGGUUCUUCUGACUGUGUUAUGGUGCUUUAAAAUAGAAGUUUUUCAUGAUAUUGGUUUAAAAUGUCGAUUUAUAAAAAAAAAAUGAUAAGUCCACUGUGAUCAUUGGUCAAUAACAUCUAAUAUUUUUGGGCACUGUUUCCUUAAAUAUUUCUGCCUGUGAGCAGCAAUAAUCGACAAUAAUCUCACUGUUAUCUACAAAAGCUGCAAAGCUUUCCAUUUUGUUUAGAGAUGAAUACAAGAGAAAGCUGAGAGAUACCUAAACGGGCAAAGUUCAUUAGCCUGAGGCAGAUUCCACCAGCAGUCUGGGGUCUGCAAAGUCACUUAACUUGUGAAAGGUCUUCGGGGGUGGGGGGUUUGUCCAUGUGAUCGUAGUCUUUGCAAAGAGGAUCAUGUUUCUCACAUGGCCCAGAGAAGUCCAAACUCAUGGCUCCAACAGAGAGCAUUGUACUGUAUCAGUCUGAAAUAAGGAAAACAGGGAUGCAGGAUUACAGUCAACUGAAAGCUUGACGGUAGAUUCAAAGGAAAUGUAAGCGGUAGAUGGUAAAGUUAUUUUAUAAGUUGUCCCAGUGCUUAACUGGACUUAAAACAUUAGCAAGAAAAGGAAAUGAAGAGCUUUGCACACAGACUACUAAAUACAGUCCACAUUCUUUUGUUUGCAACUGUCUGGUACUGUCUGCCGGUGUCAGUUACGUACAGUUUAUUUUCUAUCUGACACCCUGAUGUGUUAAUGACCUUUCCAUUCCUUAACUAAAUGAGCCACUUGUCUCAUGAUUUCGCUCAUCUUGUUUGCUUCACUGGAAUUUACUGCCAAAUAUAUUUCAAUUUGCAGUGUGUACUGCAAGGACACGGAUGAUGUGCUGCGUGAGUCUUUACAGGGUCAACAGCACACAGAUAAAGUAACAGGAACGAGUGAAGAACUGAAACCAAACUCACAAGCUAGAUUUUCAACAGCAGCCAGAGAUAAAAUAUCAGCUUAUCAAAACUGGUGUCCUCUUUCUUGGUUUCCCUUUUAGAGCCGCCUGUGCGGUUCAAGCAGCCCCUCAUUGAUCUAGAGGUAUGGGAACGAGAUUUGGCAAUUCUUGAGUGUGAAGUUCCAGAGGACUCUGUUCCCAUCACAUGGUAUCUGGAGGAUAGACGACUGCAGCCUGGGGCCAAAUAUGGAAUGGAGGAGUGGGGAACAAAACGGCGAUUAACUAUUCGUGACAUUGGAGUGGACGAUGAUGGGAUCUACCUCUGCGAGAUGCCUGAUGGUGGGAGGAGCAUUGCAGAGGUUGCUGUGAAAGGUAAAGAUAGAUGCAAAACAGUUAAUAAUAAUACAAGCAGACUUUCAUAAAGAAGAAACUGUCUUCCAUACUUGACAGACAUGGAACAAAGGACUGUAAUGCUGUUGUAUAGAAAAGCCCAUGAUUGGACUGCAAAAAACUGGGGGAUCAGGUCAAGAAAUAGUUGGGCUUUUGCUUACUUUGCAUCAGUGUAGUUCUUCAGACCAGGACCACUAUAUUUCCUGACAAAGGAUGCCCCGACAAGUGUUUACAAGUCAUAUAAACAGAAAUUUAAAUGGAAAUUUGGCCAACUAGUCUAUGAAAUAACAAAAAACUUAGGAAACAGUCAAAAACAUAUGCACAUAUGUGUUGUAUAUGGUGUUUUCUAUGUCUAUUUUACAGUCCUCCUCAACUGCAUUGUGUCUGCUCUGCUGACAAUAUUCAUCAGCAGUUUAAGUCACCAAAAUAACACAUUUCAUGGUUUAUGAGGUUUGCGAUGCCAUUGCAAUGCCAUUACAGCAGGUGAUUCGAGUGUUGACAGGACUUGUUUACGAUGAAGUGUAUCUUGACAAUCCAAAAGUAAAGAGUGCGGACAAACGUCGGCACCAAAGCAGAGUGACAGCAGGAGGAUCAGGUGUGUGUUAGUCAAGCAGAGGGAUAGGUGAUCCAAGUGUUGACAAGGCUUGCUGUUCAUGAAGCAUAUCUUGACAAUUCAAAAGUGAAGAGUGCAGACAAACGUCUGCAGCAAAGGAGACUGACAGCAAGAAGAUCAGGUGUGUGUUAGUAAAGCAGAAGGAUAGGAUAAACAUGGAUGAGCAACAAGAAAACAACUACAUUGCUAAAAACAGAGCAACCUUAACGGCUGAUAUCAUCAAAAAUAAAUUAAGUUGUAAACAUGAGGACCAAAGACGAUUUGAGAGGUGUAACUGUACUCCAGUAAAUGUUUUCAAUUAUACGCCAUAUCUUUGUAUUUACUAAUUCAAUUGUUUUGCACUGACUGAUGGCUGUUACAAAUGAUUUAUGUACAAGUUGUCCAUAACAUGACAGUCCCAGUCCUGGUAAUGGUUGAAGGAGUCACUCACAAAGUGUUUCCUUGCAGGCACAAUUUUGCGCAAGCUUCCAAGGAAAGUGGAUGUAUUGGAAGGCGAAAAUGCUGCGUUUUGUGUUGAAGUUGAAAAGGAAGAAAUGGACAUCCAUUGGUACAAAGACAGCAGAGAGCUCCGUGAAACACAUCAGACCAUCUUGAAGUCCUUUGGUCGCACUCACAUCCUGGUUUUCGUUAAUACAAUGCCUCAAGACUCCGGCCUUGUGACUUUCCUUGUGGGCAAAUCCAAGACUUCCUCUCAACUACGAGUAAGAGGUAGGGUCUCUUAAUUGUAAAGCAUUUUGGAUCUCCUACUUGACCUGUUUAACAAUGCAUUUAUUUGAAGUAAGUUAUCAAAAUCCCGAGAGCAAUUAUUAUCAUGAGUUUUUCUUCUCACAGCUGCUAGGCAUUGUCCCCCCAGUUGUCCAGUGGGUGUGCAGAUCAACACAGAGCGUGCUAAUGCAGCUCUCCUUUCAUGGGUUCCUGCUCAGGACACACGAAAGAACCCUCCAUCUGGGUAUGUUCUUGAGCGACAGGAAGUGGGCACUGGCUCACAGGAGUGGCUGCAGUGCCUGACCACUGACUCAGCAACAGCUGUGGAAAUUCUUGGGGACAGCGUACCAUGUGAAGCAGAUUAUCGUUUUCGCAUUUGCAGCGUAAACAAAUAUGGAAAGAGCAACAAUGUUGAAUUCCCCAGGGCUGUUCACUUAGGUAAGUUCAAUAGACAGGAGUCCCUGUACUCCAUCAUACCAUGGGUUCCUCUGGAUUGCUGCUGCAAGAGUUUUGCUGCCGUAGACCUGCCUGCUUCCUUUUAGCUGAUUCAACCACGUGCAUCAGUCUCAACCCCAUCAAUUACUCUCUCCGCAUCUCCCUCUAUCAGUCUCACCUCUGUCCAUCUCUCUUUCUGCAUCUCCCUCUAUCCCUCCUCUCAACCCAGUGCAUGCUCAGUGUUUCUGCCUGUGAAAAUACAGUUUUUCUUUGCCACUGUAACUUGCCAAACUUGGUUGAGGACAGACUUUCUAAAUCAGAUAACUGUUUUCCAGUUCCAGUUGCCAGAAUACAAGCUCCUUUACAAGACGCCUUGGUUCCAGAGGGUCAAGAUGCUAUCUUCUCUAUCGAGCUCUCUGCUUCAGUUAUUGGCACCUGGUUCUUAAAUGGUACGCAGCUUCAGGAGGAUGAACGUUACUCAAUGCGUCGGACAAGAACACACCAAUCUCUUCGAAUUCGAGGAGUACGUGAUACGGACAAUGGAGCCGAGAUCACAUUUAUUGCCUAUGGCAUCCGGGAUUCUGCAGCACUGUAUAUCCAAGGUAUGUGCAGGUCACAGUUAUGAUGCUGAAUAUGUGCAAAGAUUACCCGGAGAUUUAUCGUGAUUUUUGUUUGGUUUGUUUUUACUUUACGAUUGUACAACAUGUACAGUUUGCUCGGCACACACAAUGGGACAUGGCAUCGAAGCCUUAGUCUCCUACAUAGACUUUCUAAAACUUAAGGUUACUGGGGUAAGCUGCAUGUAUGACCACAAAACGCAAUUUUUUUACCAAAAAUUUUCAACCAGCCUCUAGUUUAAUUUGGGGAUACAGUUAAAGUGAGCUUAUGUGAGAACGCAGCAGGACACCUUCAGAAAAUUCACUGUGAUACAAUGACCUUUACACCACACAACCAAGGUUCUGUUGAGUUCUGUUGUGUGCUACCAUGGCACGAAUCAAUAGAGGCUGUAACUUUGCACUAGGGGCGUCCCGAUACAACUUUUUUACCUCCGAUACAAUACCGAUAUUGUAGCCUUCAGUAUUGUCCAAUACCGAUAUUAAUCCAAUAUUAGCACAAACUUGUGCAUGACAAGUUUUGCACUCAGCUGCAACGUUCUUUUUCGGACAUUAAUGAAAAAUACUGCCGACAUCAUUCCUACUCCUUGGUCCUUUGUUAGUACCUUAGUACACACUGUUGUUGUGAUCACGUGGGCUCUACAUGCUGGAUCUGGGUGCUACUAGAUAGAGGUGCUGGAGCGGAGUCUGGAAUGGACUGCUUUUAUUGAAGUGCUGAUAUCGGCGAUUUUAGAUGCAGGCCAAUAUAAUCCAAUAUUUGAAUUUUUGCUGAUAUCGGACUGAUAUCCGAUAUCAGUAUCAUAUCGGGACACCCCUACUUUGCACUAUUUAUUAAUAGUUUCUUUACUGUAUAUUACAUCACUGUUCUCUCCAUUUACAGUGUCAAAGUAAGGGGAUCAUGUACUUAGACUCUUUGACAACAUCAUUGCAUUAUUACAUUUAUGUAAUCAGACAAAGCAAUGAAGAGUUAGUUAAUUGUCUUUCUUCAAUUUGCAGCUCCUCUUGUCAAGUUUUCACCUAUGUCAGAAAUGGAUCGAAACAAAUUUGUAGAAAUUGGGAAUCCCAUUGUGCUCUACUGUGAGCUGUCAGACCCGGCCGCUCCAGUGCACUGGUACAAGAACGGGGUAGAGUUACAAACAACAGAGGGCCUUCAUAUCCAAUCGGAGGGCACCAUGAGAAGAAUAGUCAUCCAAUCAGCAGAGUUCUCGCAUUCAGGAGUUUUUUGCUGCGAUGCCAUUGAUGAUGUCAUCAGGUUCAAUGUGGAAGUAGAGGGUGAGUGGAUUGAGUUACUUACAAUACUUACAUCUUUCUCAGUGUGACUAACCAUCUUUACUGUCAAUUUUUACCCCUUUUUUUAAUCUUUUUUUAUUUGAUUGUACAUUAUUGUUCUGUCUUAAGUCUGUCUUAACUAAAAGGUACUGCAUUUAUAACUUUACCCUCUACUGAAAUAUCUAAAUAUCCAUAGCCCCACCUGUGAGGUUUUCAGCAGUUCCAGACGCUGAGAGGAACAAAACCAUCCAACUAGGCCGCCCCAUUGUUUUACGAUGUGAGCUGUCAGAUCUCUCUGCCCAGGUGCACUGGUACAAAGAUGGGUCAAAGCUCCAGCCCCAAACUGGAGUAGAUAUUCUAACUGAAGGCUUUGCAAGGAAAGUGAUUGUCCAUUCAGCAGAAUAUUUCCACUCUGGCUUGUACUGCUGCAAGACAAAGGGUGACACCAUCAUGUUCAAUGUCGACAUUAAAGGUGAUUUGUUUUACCUUGUGGGACUUGAAACGUUAACAAGCUCUCCACGGCUAAGAAACUAACUCAGAUGAUACUGUUGUAUGUAGUUUGUUGCCUUCCUUCUUAGCACUCAUUAAAAGUGCAACCAAGCCAUCACUUUGCCUUUGAUUGAUUUAUAGCAUGUUAGCAAUGAAGGUGUCGAUAGUUAGACUUUAAAGAAUAAUCUUGAGAACUAGCAUGAGGUUGAUUUGAGGUUGACAUAAGAUCUACACAUAUCUAUAGCUCCACCUGUGAAGUUCUCAGCAAUGCCUGAGGAGAUGAGGACCAUGUCGAUCCGAGCAGGCUGCCCUAUUGUGCUCCAGUGUGUGGUGUCCGACCCUGAGGCCCAUGUUUGCUGGUACAAGGAUGAUUGCCAGCUUGUUUCAAAUUCUGGAUUAGAAAUCGACUCAGAGGGCCACGACAGGACAUUAGUUGUUCGCUCUGCAGAGCUCUCCGACUCUGGUGUGUACAGGUGUACCACACAGGAUGAUACCAUGGAGUUUCAAGUGGAGAUCCAAGGUGACUUUACACUUUUUAUCUUGUGCGUUAAUAUAGUAACCCCACAUCCUUUUCCUAGAUGCGACUAAUAAUCCCCCGCUUGUACUGUUUGUGGUUUGAAGGACUGUUUGGUGCACAUAACCUUUAAGAAUUUAACGCUCUUCAGUGAUUAAUUAUGUUUUUCUAAGAUAUUUGUGUCCACAGUCUUGACUUUAUUUAGUUGUCCUGAAUUCCCAAUGCUAGCUAUACCAGUGACGUACUCGCCUAUCUUUGAUGUUGAGAGAGCCAAGUCACUUGAAGCAGGCAAACCGUUGGAGCUGGAAUGUGAGGUUGCAGACUCAACUGUGCCUGUCUGCUGGUAUAAAGACGGUGUAAAGCUCUGUCCACAGAAUGGUUGGGACAUACAGAGUAAUGGCACAUUGAGGAGACUCAUUAUUCCAUCUGCCGAGCUUUUGCACUCAGGGCUAUACAGCUGUGAAACCUCUGAUGACACUGUCCACUUCACUGUGGAUAUCAAAGGUGAUUUUCAUUUAAAUUUGCUGAGACUAGAGCAAAUCCUAGAGCUUUCUAGAGGCUAGACGCAACUAACAUUUAUAAUAUGCAGUCUGUCUGUGUUUAAGUGGUGUUCUGUGUGAGGUUGUUACUGUUUCUUAAACCAAUCUCUACUGACUAAGGGAAUAUAUCAAUGUAAUUCUUGAAAAUGUGAGUUUUCCGGCUUGAAUUUGGUCACAUGACAGCUUAGUUCCCCAUUUGGGUAAAGCUGUACCUAGUGCACUUAAAAUCGGACUGUAAUAAUGCGUUGUUAAGUCUGCAAUUAUAAUAUCAAUCAUCAUCUUCAGCUCCAACGUUGCUGUUGUCACCCUCGCCCUCGCCAGAGGAUGUGGAGGCGCAGUCACUUGAAGUAUCCUGCUCAACCGAACCAACAUGUGAAAGCCCAGAACCUGCUCUCCAGGUGUCACAGCAGAGAGACACAGAACAGGACUCGAAUAGAGAGCCUGAUUUUGAAAUGGAAGGCAUCAAGAAGACCCUUGUUAUUGAGCCAACUCAACGGUCAAACUCUGGAACAUACUAUUGUGCAACAGCAGAUGAUGUUGCCCAAUUAAUAGUAAAAAAACAAGGUGAUUUUUUUUGUAAAUGUGUUUUAUAGCCUAGUUAUCACUAACUCUUUGUGUAGCUUUUGUCUGUCCUCUUCUUUGUGUUACAAGGCAGAGCUAAUCCAUGUGACAGUUUUGGGAACAUCUUCUGUGAGUCAGUUUUUUUUAAGAUCUCGGGUAUUGCACAUUCAUAUUAUCCUCCCGAUGAUUGUCUUUAGUGCCACCUCCAACAUUUCUGCUUGGCCCUGAUGUUGAGAAGUCUGCUGAAGCACACAGUCCAAUUGUUCAGCAGUUUGAGAUUUCAGAUCCCAUUGCCAAAGCCUGUUGGUACAAAGACGGAACCCCGAUCUACCCAAAAAAGGGAGCUGACUGUGAAUCACAGAGCAGCAGCCAAGCUUUGCCCCUUCAGUCUCAUGACUUGUCCGAUGAUGGGAGGUUUGGCUGUGAAACAUCUGGGGAUAUGCAGCUAAGUGUGGACAAGAAAGGUGGUGUUCCACAUUGUACCUGCACAAUUCAGAAUCAACUAUUUAGUUUCGCACGUGAAGCUAUCACCCAGCUCAUUGUUUUCUUUUUGGCUUUGUCCAAACAGCAGAGCAGUGUCACUAUGGUAACGAGAUUGGUGAGCUAGCUGAUGAAUCUGCCCAAUACACUCUUGAUGUCGAAGGUGAUUUGACAUAUUUCAACAUCAGUCAUUCAUGUUAACCCAGCACAUCAAUGCCGCUAACAGUAGUGGUGCAUUUUACCGUUAGUCCAAUCAUCCAAGGCAUCUGUUUUUUUUUCUUCUUUAGAAAAGUGCUUUAUGUCAUGUUGAAUUCUGAUUUCAUGUAAUUUUUUUUGCAGUUCUUGGCUCUUAAUCCAUCAUGUGGAUGUUAGUAGCUGAAUAGCUGCUACACGUACUAACGUAUCUGUUGUGUUUGUCGAUUAAUUCUUCAUUUUAACAGCCAUCUUUGCUUGUAACAAGCAGCUUGCAAGUCUUUUGAGUCCAUCUUCUUAUUCAUCGCCAGAUCCUCUCAUUCACAUUUCUGCCCUGAACAUCUCCUCGUUGCAAUGACAACGAACUCUUCUCAAAAGAGAGGAAAAUUGAGUACUUCUUAGGUCUCUAGGGUGGUAAUGUACAGACUGAUGGUGUAACAUCACUAGGAGUCAGAUCAAGGGGGAAAUGUAGGAACUCAAUCUCAGACCAAAACUGGUCGCCCUUCUUGUUUGUCUUUGCAAUGAAUUAUCCCAUAACUCCAUGCUAACCCACACUGAUGUCAAAUUCUGUUUUGAGAAGAAUUUAUGAGACCAUCAACCACUGAAAACCUUUCUCUGUGUACAUCACAAUGCUACAGCGACACCACCAAGGCUUUCUUCUGACCAAGAGAAGAGGCCAACUGAAGAGGUUUCUCCUGUUGGCAUUGACUGCAUAUCUGCAAAAUGCAAUACUGGCAUCUCUGGUGGCACGACAGAAGAUGCAAAGACAUAUGAAGAACAUUUCAGCCAUAUACAGACCUCUCAGUCGACACCGGAAUAUACAAAGGACUGGAUUACAACUGAACAGCUAAAGGAACUCUCAAAUUUUCCUCAACAAACAAAUAAUGCCCAACCUUCAGUUAACUAUAACUCUUUAAGGCCAUCUGACAUACAGUCUAGCAAAGUUUGUCCUCCUGAACAGCCCACUGAAUACAAAGGUGAGGAAUUCAUUUACUAUAUACAGCAAGCAGAAGCCCCAUUUGAGGAGCUUGAUAAUCCUCUGCAGACAGCUGUCCAGACAAAUGAGUUUUGUGACUUUCAAAAAGCUUCGACAGUCGAAUCAGAGGGAUCCACUAUCCAGACUCUAACUGGCCAAUCAGAGGAGCCACAGAGCUCAAUACAGCAGCCAUCAGUCAACUCAGAUGUAGGGGACCCCCAACAGACUGUCACUGCCCAGUCAGAGUAUUUAACUAGUCGCUUGCAGAUUUCAGCCGUCAAGUCUGACUGUAAUCUCUCCAAGGCUGCAAAUCUGCAAAUCCAGAGACCAUUGGAAUCCUCACAGACCACAACUGUCCAAUCAGAGGGGCCCUUUACAUCCUUAUGUACUGCAACUUUCCAAUCAGAGGGGCCUUUAUGUACUGCAACUGUCCAAUCAGAGGGGCCCUUUAAAUCCUUAUGCACUGCAACUGUCCAAUCAGAGGAAUGUUUUGAACCCUUACAGACUGCCUGUACUCAAUCAGACCAGCUCUGUCGCCCCAUACAGAUAUCGGCUCUUUUGUCAGAGAAGCGUCUUGAUUGUUUACAAGCUAAAAGUGUCCAAGAAGGGCUCAGUGACUCAUCGUGGACCGCAACUGGACAAUCAGAGGAGUUUACCAGACCCCUACAGACCUCAAACAUCCAGUCAGAAAUGAUUGAUGACUUGUUUAGGCCCGCAUCCCCUCAAACAUCAGAGUUGUUUAACUCGAAAGGGGCAGAAAUUGACCAACAUGGAGCUCAUUACAGCUUGCAACAGAUGUCUGAUCCCACAUGUGAUGACCUCCAAUGCUCAAAACAGGAAACAUUUAACCAUUCAGAGAUGUUGAGCAAGUCCAUGCAGGCCAAGGCAGUCCAAGCAGAGUGUCAUCCCGUCACGAAGGCCACAGAAUACCACGUAGAAAGCACAGAUAACUCUGUGCAAGUUUCAUCUAACCAGUUGGCAGAGCCUUGCUAUGUCAAGACAGCAUCUAUUGUCCAAUCAGAAAAGAUCUAUCUAUCAAGGACAUGUGACAGUCACUGGAGUGACAGUGUCACUGCAAAUAAGGUGGCUGUUGAAGGUGAUUUAAAUGGUUAGCAUUAUCAAACAAAAAUGAUCAGGCACAAUCUUGACAUUGUGUAAAUGAAGAGAUUGCUAUUUGCAAUCCGUGAGUUUUUGACAAUUUCUACAUUUACUUGCUUGAUUUUGUUCAUACUAAAACUACUUUAGUAGUCAAUAUAAAACUUUGAGCUUGGGUGGUCUUAGGAAUAUGAAAGAUAGGGAAAAGAAUUUAUACAUUGGCUUCAUAUCCUAACUCGAAUGCCUAGUUAUCUCAAAUCUAACCAAAGAUAUCUCUUGUUAGAUUACUAAUACCUGAAAUAUGGUCUUAUUAUAUGAUGUAUUUUAACUCCUAAGAAUUAUUGGCAUGACUAAUCUUGAUUUGUGAUUUUGCUUCUCUGUGUUUAAAAGCAUCAUUUUGUUGAAGACAGUCAUAGUGAUGCAAUUCUCUCUCGAUGUUACCUCAAACCUCCCCAGCUUCGCCUGUGAGAAUUACGACACUUUGUGUGGCUGAGAGCAACCAGUCUGUCGAAGUCGGUGAACCCAUAGCCCUUCAGUGUGAGAUAUCAGAUCCUAAUGCUCAAGUAACUUGGUUCAAGGAUGGAGUAAAACUAAGUGAAACAGAUGGGCAGGACAUGCUGGCAGAGGGUUCCUUAAGAACACUGGCUUUCCAGUCAGCGACGAUAUCUCAUGCUGGGACUUACAGCUGCAAGACAACAGAUGAUGCAGUGCAGUUUCAUGUGGAUGUUAAAGGUGACAGAAGCUGUUUUUGAUCUGUUUUUGCCAGUAGAUUUUAGUCAAAGGAAAGACCACUCAAACUGCAAACUAUUAGAGGAAAGUUUACAAAUCGCAAGUCGCAAAACCUACUCAUACUACCUAUAAAAUAACAGAGUUUAUUAUCUAAAAAAAUCAUAUCUGCAGGCUUUAAAUGUAACAUGCCUUGAAAUAACUUAAUCUGCCAACAAUUACUUACAGAAAAAGUUGUCUCAAACUGCAAAAAUAAAAAAUUAAAAUUUUUGAAUAAAAUACUCUUUCAAAAAACUGAUUUUAUGUAAAAAAAAAGUAUUAUACUGGUUUGAAGUUUGGUGCAGUUUGCAAAGUAAAUCUAAAUUAAGCAAUGAAAUAAAUUCAAAAAAGAUAGAGACAAGAUACAGCUGAUGGACACUUAAAGUAUCUGGCUAAACUCUUUUAACACGUUUACACAUGAGUACAGGCAGGCUUGUAAUUAUCACAGUAACUUUAAAGGCUCAGACCUUGUCUAAAAUACAUUUGCUUAUUUUUUUGAGUAUCUUUUUGAGCUCGCACUAAAGACUUGAUAACGGAUUACAGUUAUGUUUUAGAGAAAAAAAAGCUCCAUGACCUUUAGCUUUUCCUUGUUAGGGGUUUAAAUGCCAUAAAAUUGUUGGUUGAAUGUAAAUAAAAGCAAGUGGCAAAAACAUGGACACUAUAUUGAGACCAUGUGUGUUGAAGAAACAGAUAUUGUAGUCUACAACUGCUUCACUUAAUAACCGUCUUCUUAUAAAUUAAAAAUUAUUAACUAGUCAAAUGCCCCUUUACAUGUGAAAGCCUUUACAUUGUUUUGUUAAAUGCAGACAUUGUGCCAAAAAUACAGGAAGAAAAUCUGGAAUAUGUGUUAAAGUUCUUGUUUAGAGAAACUGGUCAAAAGCAAAACCAAGGAGUUCUUCUGAUGGGAUCAUUUUUACUUGUUUGUUAUUCUGUGCACCCAAGCUGUUUAUUGAGCACACGUUAGUAUCUUGUGUGUCAAAUUUUACUACCUUGUGUUCACAAGUUAUUAAUAUGUGAGUGCAGCAGCGCUCCCCUUUUUGUGUUAGUUUGCCAUGAGCUCAGCUAAAAUAAAUCAAGUCAGUUUCUCUGUGGUUUCUCCAAAUUCAAAAUCAGACACAUCUGUUGUUGGUUUUAUUGCAGCUUGCCACAUUUUGUCUCAUUAGCUGGAUCAUAGCUGCAACAUUAAUCUCUGUGGUGUUGUUACACCUUGCCAAAGAUUGUUAGCUUGAUAUUGCUGUCUGCAUUUUCUCCAGGUAAUGACUUUUAUAACAGUGGCUAUAUAUGUAUAUUUCUGCUGUUUACAGAAAACAAACACUGGAGCCAAAAGACAAUGCUAACACUUCGUUCAAUAAAGAUAACAACAGAGAGUGUACACAUCUGCUUCCGUAUCAUACACACAAGAAAUUAACAUCUGCAAAUUAACAUUUGUAUGAAAAGGUGAUAACUUGAGUGCACAAAAUAAAACUGAUCAGCUUCGAGGGACUUCAGGGGCUCCAAAUAAAAGAAAUCUCUAUAGUGAAAAAACAUCUUUGGCAGAGAUACUCUAUGAAACAACCAUCUCUAAAAAGAGGGAUUCAACCUCAUUUUAUUCCAAUAUUAAAAAAAUAUUCUAAAAUGUACAACUAUAAAAUUUAGAAAAGCUACAGGCCAAAAACACAAAACCUUCAACUUCUAAUCAUGAGAUUCAAAGAUUGACUGUCUACUCUAAUUUACUGAGUUUCUUAUAAAGACACGUGUUAUUCAGAUAUUUUUUGCAACUUUCACUUUAGGUCCCUACAAGUUUGCAGAACAAAUGUAAGCUAAACUUUUUGCUGUAAAUAAUGAAAAUAAAUGUUAAUGUUUACAGUAUUUUGAACAGCUGCUUGAGCUUCAGUUAUGGCUAUGAUUUGUUUUCUUUCAGAUGUUUUUGUUGAAAACUCUUGUUUUACAUUUGAUCCUUUAGCACCACCUCUGAAGUUUUCAGCUGUGUCUGAGGCCGACCAGAAACAGACGGUCAUGGCAGGCUGCCCCAUUGCUCUACAGUGUGAACUGUCAGACCCAGCUGGACAAGUCAGUUGGUACAAGGAUGGAACAGAGCUCCUACCUCAGAGUGGAGUAGACAUCCAGUCAGAGGGAAAUGUCAGGAGUCUAGUUGUCCCGUCAGCAGAGCGAGCUCACACUGGCGUAUACCGUUGUGAGUCAAAGGAUGAUGACAUCCAGUUUGCUGUGGAAGUCACAGGUGAUGCUCAGAAACUGUAGAAACUUUCCCCGCUUUGCACUGCUGACUAACUUUAACAGCAGGCAAUCAAGUAAUCCUUUGCUAAUCACUAAACAAAAAUGAAUGCGCAGCAGAUAUAACCUCAAUCAAGAAUUUUCACAGUUUAACGCAGAGCCGGCCCAAGCCUCAAUGGGGCCCUCUAUUUCUGCCAACAUUGAUUAUUGAUCAUUCACACACCUCCACAAAUCUCUUUGAUUAACAUUCCAUGACAUGCAAACAUACCUUUAUCUUGGUGUUUUUUCUCUUCUUCCUCUUUCUUUUCUCUGCUCCUGAAGGAUAUGUCCUUUUUUGUGACAUUGUUUUGCCCCACAGCUUACCUGCACUUUGGAUGCUCAGUGCACAUUGCACAACAGGAGGCACAUAACGGUAGCGGAGCUUUGACAUAUAGGCAGUAAGAAUCAUAGGCCUACAUCAGCAGCAGCACUAAAAUGUUUAUACUUUAUUUUAUUUUUACAAUGAUAUAGAAAGUAUCAAUCAUACAUGCAAAAAAAAAAAAAAAUUUAAAACAUUUUUUUUAUUGCUCUUGGGGGCCCCCUACUGGCCGUGGGGCCCUAAGAAGGCGCUUAGUUCGCUUAUGCCUUGGGCCGGCUCUGGUUUAACGGAUACAAGUCAAAGCAAACAGCCGAUUGCCAGUUAUUUCAUAGUAUAGCGCUGGUAAGUGAGUUAUGGUUGCUAACUUUUUCAAAAUCUUUCAACAGUGGAAUAAAAAAAUCAUGACGUCUGUCCCCACAACACUUUAAUCUUGCAGCUCUUAUUGUGCAUGACUAAUAUCUUUAAAAAAGGGGUUGUGUGCGUGUGUCAAAAAGGGCACUAACUGCAAACAGCCUCCCUGCGAAAUAUAUAAAAAUGAUGUUUGCGCCUUACCCGCGCUUCUUCGAGCUUCUUAAGUUGGUGCACAAUAACUGUGGACUAGCUUCUUGAUUCCUGCUCUUUAACCCUUUGAAUGAUGUUUUGUCUUUCGUUGUUUCGUCUUUGUGAGAAGCGCUUGUUGGUUUUUGUAUGUUAUGUUAUUUGUUCAAAAUUCUUCUUCUUUUUGCAAUAUCUGAAACCUUGUAGCACUACCUGUGAAGUUCUCAGAGCUUCCAGAGAGUGACAGGAACAAAUCUGUCGAAGAAGGCUCCCCCCUCGUCCUCGCCUGUGAACUGUCUAGGGAUCCUUCCGUUCAAGUCGAAUGGUACAAAGACGGGGUGAAGCUCCUGCCGCAAAACAAUAUGGAAACACAGACAGAUGGUCUAAUGAGGACUCUGAUCAUCAACUCAGCUGAAAACGUGCACAGUGGCACCUAUGAAUGUUCCACUUCAGAUGACACCGUCACAUUUAAAGUGGACAUAAAAGGUGAUUUACAAUUAUCCCAACUCUCUCCACAUCCAACAUACAACGCCAACCCUUUUCUACAAUGUGAGUGAUUUACUUUGUUUCAGUGUCUAUGACAGACUGUGUGACUGUCUGGAAAAACUGUUUUGUCCACUGUUAAGUGAAUCCGCUUCUUAUCCAACACCUCUGUUAUUCCCUUCUUUUAGGCCAAUCGCCAAAGAUCUUGCCAGUCUCAGUGUCAGAAAAAUAUAAGAUAAUUACAGUUGGUUGUCCAAUUAUCCUGCAGUGUGAGGUCUCAGACACUGCUUCCCAGGUUUCCUGGUUUAAAGACGAGGUGGAGCUUUUUUGCAAAACUGGCCUUGAUAUGAAAAGAGACGGCACCGUGAGAAAACUAAUGAUUCAUUCAGCUAAGGUCUCAGACUCGGGCAUCUACAGCUGUAGCCUCGCUGAUGAUGUUGUGAUGUUUCAUGUGGACAUUGAAGGUGAUUUGCUCAUUUUCUGGAUAUAUUCAUGACUUUACAGGUGUGAGAUUAAAAGUGUAGCUUUUCCUUCAUGACCUUCUUCAGUUAAACAAUUUAGAGAAAUAUGUAAUACCUUAGGAAACAUGGAGAUCAUUUUAUUAAAAAAAAGCAUAAUGUUGACAGCCCUAAUCUGACAUCUUAACAGAAGUGCUCUGCAAAUCUUGUAACACCUACAGCUACUCCUGUGAGGUUUUCAACACUUCCAGAGAUUGCAAGAAACAAAUUUGUUGAAGCAGGCUGUCCACUUAAGCUUCAGUGUGAAGUCUCAGAGCCGACUGCCCAGGUCUACUGGCACAAGGACGGACAGCAACUACCUCAAGAGAGUGAAUAUGAAAUCCAAACAAAAGAGAAACUGAGAGCGCUGGUUAUUCAAUCAGCAGAAGUCAGACACUCUGGGGCGUACAGCUGUGAGGGUGCAGAUGACCGUAUAGAUUUCAAGGUGGAUGUUGCAGGUGAUCUAAGUAUUUUGAGCUUUGUCAGUAUAACUAACCUUUGUCUAUUAAGGCUUGGCUACAACAUAAACAAAAGAAAUUAUUCAAAACUGUUGUGCACUAAUGCUCAGACAUGUAUUUUAUUUUUAUUGGUGGACAGUUAUGCCCUUGAAUAAAUUAUCUAGAAUUACUGAAAGGCUGGGUCCCCAGGUAAAAUGUUUAGAAAUUUAGAAUUUGGUAGUGCAAGAGGAAGAUUUGAUUGUUUUAUGAAAAACCCAUGCCUGAAAUCUGAUACCUGCAACACAUUAAAAAACGAAACACCGUAAAAGUUAUGUAAAGGUGUAAAAUUUGAGGAUGUUAUCAUUUAUAGUAUAGUGCAUAUUUCAUGAAAGUCUGACAUGAAGUCAGAUAAUCUGAAAAAUAUUUUGGACCAAAAACCAACUGUGAAUGUCUGUGAUCUUCAGGCUCUCAUGUUGCACUGCAUUUAAGUAAUGCUGGUGGUUUGCUGCUAAAUAUUAGACUGAAAGGAAGAGAAAUGACUAUUUUUAAGAACCCAGCUGUGGCUUUAAACUUAUUUUCAUCAUUUUCAUAAUCAAGGUAUCUUUUGUGGUUGCAACUAAGCGAGUAAUCAGUUUUCGUACUUAGCAUUUUAACUGUUUUCAGAGUAUUGUUUUGAGUUUACUUCCAGCAACUUGCAGCAGGUAAUCAGCAAAGCUCUGGAAAUACAUUACAGUUUACAUGCUCAGUCAUUUAUGCCAGAUAUUCUCAAAAAGGAGAUAGUAAGAACUGAAACAGAGGUAAGGUCUGAGGUUGAAGAUCCCACCUUGAAAGAAUUGCGUAAUUUGCUUUCCUUUAAGUGAGUGCACAACUAGGAAUUUGUUGGCUAACAUGCUGGCCACAACUUUAAAUGAUGAUUUCCCUGUAUAGCUGAGUUGUUCACAGCUUGUUCUGCUCAAACUGCUCAGUCCUAUGGCAACAGUAGUGGUCAAAACCACUCCAGAUUUCUUUACCACUUGCUACAGGAUGCUGAGCAGACCACAGUGCAUGCCACUUUAAUAAAACCUUAAAUAGUAUUAUUUGCAAGAUGCUGCAAGGGCAUUGAGAAUGUAUGAUUUAUAUUAACAGCUUAACAAAAACAUAGAUGGACAAAGGGCAACACACCAGACAAGUUUUUUUGCCCUUUCUUCUGCCGAAGACAUUCGUAAUUAGCAAUCUGAUUACAUGAGAGUCUGUGACUCCCCAGAUAGUUGGGGUUUUAGAGAAAUCUGACUGGACACCUGUCUUUGUUUGUAUUAUAUUAUGCUCAAUAGUGCACACACUAUUUUGUACAAUUAGAAAUCUAGAUAGUACGUCCUCUAGCCUGUUAAUCCAAAUGUUAGAUGAUACAGUUAAGCAGAUCUGAUAUCUAUCUGGUUACUGUUCAAUGAAUUGAAAUUCCUAUAGCACCGGUUUGAUUCUCAGCUGUUCCAGAGGCUGAAAGGAGCACAUCUGUGGAAGCAGGCAGCUUGUUCAAACUGCAGAGUGAGAUCUCAGACCCCAGAGGCCAGACCUGCUGGCAUGAGGAUGGGAUAAAACCAUUGCCAAAAUCAGGAAUAAACAUUGAUUCUGGGGAAAUUAAGAGGACACAAGUUGAGAUGUCGUCAAUGUCUCCAUGCUCUGGAACGUACGGUUGUAAAACUGAUGAUGAUUCAGAUUUCAACGAUUUCGAUGUGGAGGUGACAGGUGAUAUACCGAGCUUUUUGUUGGGAAGAUAUAGUCACCCUAGAGCCUCAUUCACCCUUUACAUCCUUAAUAUCUCAGACAGAAGAAAACCUGAUCAUCAUCAUUUUUUGUCAUAGAUUAUUUCCCUCUAAAUAACACAAUUUAAAUCAACAUUUGGCAGCUUUUCAUCCACAUUCCUAACAUUCAAGGCCAGAUGAUUUCAUAUGGUUUGGCUGUUUGUCAGUACAAUUGUUAUACCAUUGCUUCAGUGCACUGCUUUACUCAUUUUUUCUUUUGCGUCCAAGAGGCUUAACCCCCACUUAUCAUUACAAAAACUGUUAAAAGUUAUUUCAACAGCAAGGCUUGUCUUAGCUUGAAAAACCUGCCCUCACAACUACUGCAUGUAUUAAUGAGAACGUUUAAGCAUAACUUACAACCAACGCUUUUUUUUUUGUUUUUUUGCAGCACCACCGGUGACGUUUGCCGACAUCACAGAGGAGGACCUCUUCAAGAGCGUUGUGGAACAAGAAGAGCUCGUCCUGUCUUGUGAAAUAUCAAGGGCUGAUGGUGUUGUCCAAUGGUACAAAGAUGGAACUGAAAUACCAGCAAGCAAUAACAUUAACAUAGAAGCAGAGGGUAUUGUAAGGAAUCUCACAAUACAGCAAGCGCAACUGUCUGACACAGGCACCUACACCUGUCGUGCAGGCGACAAUGUUGUAGUGUUCAAGGUGACUGUGCGAGGUAAGAAAGUUAAGAAAGUAGCAGGAUUACUCUCACACAUUCAAUAAAUGUAGAUCACCAGAGUUAAACAAGAAGUAAUGAGUUUAUUUAACAUUAUUCUGCUUUUGUAGAACCUCCGGUCAUGAUUACUUACCCCAAGGAGGAUGUCCAUCUUGACCGCCAUGUCCCUGAGGAAAUUAUUCUGAGCUGUGAACUGUCUCGUCAAAAUGGUGUUGUCAGCUGGUACAAGGAUGGCCAAAAGCUGCAAGAGAGUGAGAACAUAAAGCUCAAGGUUGAAGGGCCUUAUCGACGACUGAAGAUUCUUUCUAGCGGGGUCGAGGAUUCUGGGGAGUACGUCUGUGACACGGACGACGAUUCGAUAUUCUUUCAUCUCAGUAUAACAGGUAUCACAAGCACCAACCAAGAUACCUUAGAUAUUGCAAGAGUAAACUCUUUACUAAUUCAUCCAGAUUCAAAGAUGUGAGGAAAGCUUGACACCAACAAAAAGGUUUCAGAGAUGUUGUGGCAUUUAUAUGACUAAUCUGGUUGGUUUUAUCCCUUUCCAGAACCCCCAGUGCGGAUUGUGUCCCCAAGUCAGUCCCAAAUGGAGCUGUGCCAGCAGACCUCUGAGAGGAUGGUACUGAGCUGUGAGAUCUCCCGUCCUAAUGCAGUGGUGCGCUGGUAUCGAGACGGACUUGAAGUGGAGGAGAAUGACAACCUUAUUCUUGAAGUAGAUGGGGUCUACCGAAGACUAAUAAUACCUGAGACAACAGUCAAAGAUUCUGCAGAAUAUGUCUGCGAUACCGCAGAUGACUCCAUGACUUUCUUCGUAAACAUAGCAGGUGGGGACAGUAAAAUAACCACAAAAAAAGUUUCUUUUUCAAUGUUUGGUGAUUCUUACAUUAAGUCCUUUUAUGCAGAGCCUCCUGUGCGCUUUGUACGCCCAAGAAAGAUGGCAAGUAAGGUGGAAAAAGUGGCUGGGGAGAUGCUGGUUCUGGACUGUGAGGUUUCAAGAUCAAAUGCAGAGGUCAGCUGGAAGAAGAAUGGAGAGGAAGUAGAAGACUCGAGAAACAUCACCAUUCUUGAGGAUGGAGUCUUGCGUCAACUAACCAUCCAUUCACUCAAAGUUGAAGAUGCUGGGCAAUAUGUCUGUGAUGCAAAAGAUGAUGUGAUGGAUUUCCAAGUCAAAGUGCAAGGUAAGUUACCGAUCAAUACACUCCAAGAACUUGGAGGGGACUCUCCUCUACUUUUAAAACCUCGACAUACGUAGAUAUCCUGAAACAAUAAUCCAUGUGGAUUAUUAAUUAGCAAUGCUUAGAGUGCUGGAAAGCCUGUUUAUUUCCCUUGUAAACUGUGCCACAUUUGUAAGGAACAUGCAUUUGUGGGAUGAGUGGCUGAGUAUUUGGGUUGCAACCAUAAAAAUUUGCCAAAUCUAAUCUGCCAUACCAAACAUCUUAUUCUGCCAUUGACUCUUGUCUGGUGUUGUUUGGUGGGUUGAAUGAUUCAAGUCUGAAGAAACAAGUUGGCUCUCUACCCAGAAAAUCCGGAACAGACUGGACACAAUCAAUCUCUGGUCUCACGGGGCUGCCAGGAGGCCUGCCAUGACUGCCCUUCGGUGUCAGGCCGAUUUUCGCUGGUGUCUGCAACACGUGCACUGACCCCUCAGCAUGUGGAGAAAUGUUAUGUUCAGCAAGUCUGGAUUCUGCUGGCAGUGCGAUGGUGUGCGACAGCAUCUUCCUUACUGGAAAAAUGAGGCUUGUCAUCACUAGAAGUGAUCGCAAUGCAGAGAGAUAUCUAGAUGAGAUUCUGCAAUCAGUGGCAAUCCUCAGAGUCUGUGACCAAAUGCUACACUCCAAACUGGUAACGAUCGCCCCCGCAGAGCGGGGUUUAUCAGAGACUACCUUCAGAAUUUGGGAGUGGAGAGGAUGGAAUGGCCUGCCAGCAGUCCUGACCUCAACCUCAUUGACCACUUGAUAGAUGAGCUUGGACAUGCUGUUCGCCUCAAAGUGACCAACACAACCACAUUGGCUGACUUUCAAUAAAUGCUGGUUGAAGAAUGGGAUGCAUUCCCAAAGCGACCAGGCUGGUGACCAGCAUAGAAGGAGGUUCCGCUGCUGCUGUGGCUGUGUAUGGUUCUAUCACUCCCUACUUGGGCUCUUUUUCUAUCAUUGAAUAAACUGUUAAACUGCCAACGUGUCUCGUUUCUUUAAUCCACCAAACAACACCAAAUAAGAGUCAACAGCAGAGUAAGCUGUUUGGAAUUGGCAGAGAAUAUCGGGAAAUUUUUUUAAUUGGUGGAGGUCCCACGAAUGCAUGUUGCUUGCAAAUAUGGGCAAUAUACAGGCUACAGCAGAAAAUUUAGUCUCUUGUGCACGUUCUGUACCAUGCAGCUUACUUUCACAGACCAGCAUUGGUUGCAGCUAUACAUGAGUUUACAUGACUUAGAACAGUACUUACACCCCACUGUUUUAGGGGUUGCAUCAGUUGAGAUACUGCCAUCAUCUUUCCUCCUGUUUUGCGCAGGUGCAAAGUCUCCUGUCAAAUAUUGGUGGUGGUGGUAGUGCAUCAUUUUGAAAGAUGGGUGUAAUUUGUAGGAUAAGGAAAAGCUCAGGGUUCUCCCUAAAAUUUUACAUCAGUAAAAAAUUUAUGUGCUCCUGCUUUCAUUCCCCACAAGCACAGAUAAUGUAAUCUACACAGUCACAGCGUAGUGAUAAAUGUAUGUUCUAGUUGAUGAUUUCAUUACUACAUUUCACAGUUGGUAUUUGACACUAGCUGUAGAUUAUCACCUUAUAAUGCUUUAUCAUAACUUACAUACCUUAAUUUUGCAGUAAGUGCACUAAUGGGGGUUAACAGCAGUUAUAUUCAGCUAUAAGCAUGUUAGGUGACAAUCAGGUAUGACAGUCAGCACUUUUAACACCCCAUAAAGAAAAAUGAUUUUCACUGUUGGCCAAGAGGAGUGAAAAUGAUAUUUCUUCUGAGCUAAGGUAAACAUUAAAUCUGCAGUCUGCAACCAAACAUUGACAACAACUUGACAAGUUUCAAUCUAUGUUUUUUUAGUGCAUACUUUUAAUCCUAACCCAAGAUUCACCUUUCACGCAAGAUUUUGUUUCUCAAUAGAUUUUCUGUUCUGUUCAUUUUCAGAGUUGCCUGUAAAAAUUCUUGGCAAAACUGAUGCAAAAACAGAAAAGCAGUUUUUAGUGUCCGAUGACAUAAUUCUAGUGUGCGAACUCUCGAGAUCCAAUGCCACUGUCAGCUGGUACAAGGAUAAUGAAUUAAUCGAUGACACUGAACGAUACUGUAGCGAGGAACAAGGGGUUUUCCGAUCUCUGGUUGUCCUUAACGCUGGAUUGGAAGACUCAGGAGAGUACACCUGUGAUGCAAAGGAUGAUAAGAUGGUCUUCUAUAUCACUGUCAAAGGUGAUCAUAUUAUUGAUCAAUGCAUUUUUGUGUGUCCUUCCUGCACCCAGGGAUAAAAUAAUGGCAUGUUUUUUUUUUUUUUUAAUGUUCAGAGCCUCCGGUGCAGAUUAUUGGAAACUCUGGCACCCCGGAGCAUCAUAUUCUGAUGGCAGGAGAUGACCUUGUCCUGGAGUGUGAGGUGUCUCGGCCUAACGCCACUGUUCAGUGGUUAUGGAAUGGCGAGAUCCUGCAACCAGACACUCGUAUAAAAAUUGACAGCCAUGACGUUGCGAGGAAACUUGUUCUGUCUGGACUUGGGCCCUCAGAUUCUGGAAAAUACAUCUGUGAUGCCAUUGAUGACAAACUGAUAACAAUUGUUGAGGUUCAAGGUAAGAGCUGACUUACCCUGCAAUAUCUCACUUCCAUAGUUCCAAAUUCGUCAUGUAUGAGUAUACAAUUUAGAGGCAUUUUCUUUUUAUUACCUCUUUUUUCUCAGAGCCACCUGCCAAGUUCAUGAACAAAAAUGAAGGUAAUAAGAUCUCUGCUUGUGAAAAUGAGAGUGUCACACUCUGUGCCGUUGUGAGCAGUGAAAGAGCUAACGUCCGGUGGCUGAAAGAUGGCCAACUACUGAACGAGGACAACAUUCACAUCUCCAGUGAGGGUAAUACCCACAAGCUCACCAUUAAUCCCCUGCAGCUGUCAGAUUCUGGAGAAUAUGUCUGUGACGUCAACACAGAUGAGAUGUAUUUCAGUCUUUUAGUUAAAGGUAAGAGUUUGGCACUGCUUGGAAGAGAAAUGUCAACGCUUUUUCCGUGUUAACUUUGUGUGGCUGUCUCGAGUUACCAUCUGUUGAAUUACAUUUGUUUUUCUGCACAACAGAAAUGACAGUGAAAUUCAUCAGACCCUUAGAGAACAUAGUGUCUCUGAAGGGCAGUAGCCUAAUAUUACGUUGUGAGAUCAACAAGCCCAAAGGAGAUGUCCAGUGGCUAAAAGAUGGCCAAGAUAUCGCUCCAAGUCGCCGGCACACGAUACGGGCACAAGGUCGAGAGCGAAGCUUUACCAUCCACGAAGUACAGGAUGAAGACGCUGGGGAAUAUUCCUGUGAAUCCACAGAUGACAGGACUUCAGCCACUGUCACUGUAGAGAGUAAGUAAAUUCUGAAAUAAGGAAAAUAUCACGCACAUAGGAGAAAAAUCAUGUAAAUUACAGUGAAUCUAAUUCAUUGGAUUGCUCUGCCUGCAGCUCCCCGCGUUGUCGAGUUUAUAGCAGAGCUUCGUAACAUAACAAUCCGUGAGGGGGAAGAUGCCGUAUUUAAGUGCGUGGUUUCACCAGAGGACACUCAGUUGGUGUGGCGCCUGAAUGGCAAGCAAGCACCUUUGAGUGAGCGUACUCUCGUUUCAAGCAAUGGACUGUGCCACAUGCUCUGCAUCCACAACUGCAGGGUCUCAGAUAGCGCCAGAGUGACAGCUGAUGCCGAGGGCUUGGUUUCAGAGGCAGAACUCCAGGUUCAAGGUGAGCUGUGGCCCCAUACAUAAACACCUUGAUUACAUGCGUCUGUCUCCAUGAAUCACAUAAGUUUAACCAUUUAACAACCGUUUACUCUUCAAUAAGCUCAUCUCUCUUUGGUAGUUAUCACCAUAUUUUCAACUAGGAGCUAUUUUCAGCAAUACUGGUGUGAAAGUAAACAUAAAUACAGGAGACUGAACGGCUGUAUAGCAUAAGUAAACAUUAUAAUAAAUACUGACUCUUGAAGAUGAGAGUAAAAUUAUAAAGAGGGGCUGUCAACGGUUGGAGCUUGGCAGCUUCUCCUGUUGAAAUUCCUCUGAUAACUGACAGAGACAAGUGGCUUUGGUGUACAACACAGCAGGGGGAAAGUCUCCUCAGACUGUUUUACUUGCAUGCUGUGCAUUGCAACUUUACAGAUCUUCUAUGAAGUGUGUGUAUAUUUUGUUCAGACAAACACUGACAUUACGCAGAGAUCUAGUAACUUGCUUAAUUCGUUUUUAGAGCAACAGGUGUUGUUCACCAAGAAAAUGGCACCGGUAGUAGCUGAAGAGUACAGUGAGGCAACUCUGGAGGUGGAGGUCAGUGUGGAUUCUGGUGAGGUGCAGUGGAUGAGGCAAGGGGUGCUGAUCCACCCCGGAGCCAAGUAUACACUGAAGCACAAAAGCCAAAAACACAGUCUCACCAUCCACACACUGGCCAUGUCUGACCGGGGCACCUACAGCUGUGAAACCCUCCAUGACCGCACGCAAGCCCAGCUCACAGUGGAACGUGAGUGUGCACGUGUUCUCACUAUGCCUCGUUGCUGUUUGUUUACCGCCGUUGCCGAUGACUCCACCUCCGUUGCUUUUUCUCGUGAAGGCAAAGCUCAAUUAACUGAGUAAGAGUAAUUUGAGUGACUAGGGACCAGGGUGGCACUUGUACUGGGACAUGAUGGCAACUAACAGGUGAUGGUCUUACAGUCCAAGCAGACUCUCAGACCAGGGUUUUCUGUGUUGACACAAGAUCUAUGAGGUCCUGCUGAUUUGUGAUAUCAGGGGCAAAUCCUCCAUCAACACUGAAUUCUUCAUAAACAAGGCACUUUUUUAUCAAUAACUAGAAUAGGACUAUACAAGGUACAAUUUUCCACGCCACCUAAAUCUGCAACGCUGACAGGCCAUAAAACAGACAUCUUGAAGUGAUUAAGAUGUACCUAUCAUUGUUUUUCUUGUACAGGCUGCUUAUAUUCCUUAGUCCUAUGAUCCACAGGCCAAUGGUUGAAUUAAAGGCUGUUCUUUCAACACUAGCAUGGGUUGGAAGGGGACAGUCAGGACUUCAGGCUGCUGUUGGCACCUCCUAUGAAUUUGGAUCUCCUCUCAUUGCAUCUAAAUUUAUACCCUGGCCUUCAAAACUAAGGUUGUUGUCAUCAGGUCUCCAAAAUAAACACUCCUUUUUUCCACAGGGAAUGCUCGUCUGUGUUAGAAUAAGUGAAAAAUGUUGGCAGUUUCAGAUGUGGCUUUUGUGUAAAGCCUCAUACUCAAAUGACUAAAAUAUCAGCCUGUCAAUGUAUGCCAGCUUGUAUUGUUAAGCUGCAGACUGCUGUUCGCAAAACAGAGUCCAAGUCUAUUCUGUAAUGGAGAUUGGACACCAUAGCUCCUGGUGUUACAGUGGAAUGAAAAAAGGGUGCUGCUUGAGCCAAUCCUUUAAACUUAACCUUUGUCGAACUUCUACUGCGUUUUCAUUUCACUGAAAAGUACUAAUAAAAAAUCGCUAACGUUGAACGAGAGAAGUCUAUCUUUUCAUACAGCUCAAUUUCUCAUCACAGCUCGAAAGGUCACGAUCAAGAGAGGGCUGAAGGACAUUAAAACAACUGAGAGGGAAACGGCGUCUUUUGAAGUGGAGCUCUCCCACCCAAACGUUCCAGGCACUUGGACACGAAACGGCAUCAAGCUGAAGCCGACAAACCACUUCCGUAUGAGUGCCAAGGGACAGGUCCACAGCCUCACUGUCUCUAAUCUCUCAGUAGAGGACACUGGAACUUUUAUGUUCAGUGUAGAGAAUCUCAAGACAUCUGCAAGGCUUGUUGUGAAAGGUAAGUAAUUGGGAAAACAAGAUUUGGGUGAUGUUUCGAAGUAUAGACCUUGAUUUCCAACCCUCCUCAUUUCUAUCCCCCACGAUAGCUUGCAUAAAUUACAGGUGUGAUCACAGAACCUGCGUUUUCCACAGAAGCUGGAUGCUCAUCCAAAUUAUAAAAGCAAUUGGGAGAUUCAAAAGAAAAGGAAUAAAUAUCUUUUACACCUCAAACAAGAUAAUGAGAUCAUUCCUCUGCUUUCUAUUGUCAAGCGUUUAGAGAAGGAUGUAAAAAAAAAACCUUAUUAGCUCUAUUGUUAAUUAACAAAAGCUCUGUAGCAUUUCAGUAUCUACAAGGUAAUGGUGCCAUCUCCUUGGAAUGAAGCAACGAGAACAAGGCUUUUUAAAUUUGUCCAUGUAUUUUAACUUUAUAAGAACAAAUGUCAAUGAUCUAGCCUUUUGUGAGUGCACCAGUUAAUCUUUUUUUCUCCGUACAGAUAGUUGUAUUUAAAACUAUUCAUCUCUCCUGCUGUCCGACAUUGUUUGCCAUAAAUAGCAUUGACUUUACAUCCUUAACUGCACAGACAGUAGUAACAUGACCUGCCAUACUCCCCACACCUGAAAUUAAUAUGUUACCAAAUGCCAGUCAUAUCUUUUUGGAUGACUUGUCUGUCAAAGAGGUGACAGCAACUUAAUUGUAUUGCUGGAGUAAUCUAUUUGUUUCUCUAGUGCAAGUACAAAACACAGCUAUUUAAACACAAUUGCGAAAGAAGAUAGCAGAACUCCACAUUUUUAUUUGAUGUGUCUGAUAACAUAGAAGUGGCUGUUUUGACGGUUAUCAAAUUUCAUUCGCAAAAUGCGCAAUUUUACCAUACAGGACAUGACAAAUAGGGGUGUCCCAAUACAACUUUUUUGCUUCCGAUAUCAUAGCCUUCAGUACUGGCCGAUAACGAUAUUGUUCCGAUAUUGGCACAAACUUGUGCAUGACAAGUUUUGCACUAAGCUGCAAUGUCUUUUUCAGACUUUAAUGAAAAAUACUGCCACACAGCCAACAUCACUCCUACUCCUUGCUACUUUGUUUGUACAUUAUGCUGCAUUCCAGUUACCUUGGAAGUCAGAAGUCUGAGCUGAAAAUGACGUCACACCCGAGUUCCCAGCGUUUAAAAAAAAAUGUGGAAAACAGCAAAAUUGGAGGCGAAAACAAGAUGGCUAGAAGCAGUUUUAGCCAAAUAACUACUAUCACUUCUAAGAGGCCAAUUAAAAUGCAAAUUGUUAAUAUAAAUUCUCCUCGUUCUUGUUUACUUUGAAGUUCAAAAACAUUGUGCUGCACAGAGCAAUACUCUCAAUAGACCAAAUGCCAACCAGCAGAGGCAUGAUAAUAGAAUACAGUGACCGCUCUGCCACUGUUGCCUUCAUCUAGUCUCACGUUACAAACACAAAAUAGCCUAGCAUGACCUAUUGAAAAGCGGUAGCUCUGUUCAGUCUAUUCUGUCAGGUGAUAGUUUAACCUCAUGCUGUAAAAUAAUCCACUCCAAUACUCCGUCACUCAGUAAGCAUCAUCCCUUUGAGCUCAGGGUUGAAAAGCUGAGGAUGACUAUUGGAUGAAAAUGUCAUCACAAUAAACUAGUCCACAUAACUUGAGCGUAUGGACUACUUGAACUAUCUGAAAAAUAGAAAGUGGUUGGUUUACCUAACAAAGAUUUUAUUUUAUUCUUAUUCUAUCAGAGCCCCCAGUGACCGUCUUCAGAAAACUGGAAGACCAGAGAUUCCCAGACGGGGCAAUAAUCUCUAUUGAGUGUGAGCUGUCAAGACACAACGUUGAUGUGAAAUGGCUGAAGGCAAGUGUCGAGACACUUUAAGCUCUAGUCUACAAUCUAACAAUUCUUAUCUACUUUGUGUUAAGAUAUAACAAAAAAGCAUCACAUACACUGUAUUGUUUCAUUUCAAUUAACUGUUUUUUUCUCUCUUUCUAGAAUGGGGCUGAGGUGAAGCCAAGCAAGGACUUGCGCAUUUAUGCAAUGGGAAGGAAACGGUUUCUUCAGAUCAUGAGAUGUAAUGUCAGUGAUUCUGGCAUGUACACCUGUGAUGCUGGAGAUAUUACAACAUCCUGCACUGUGGAGGUCUAUGGUAAAGUCUGCAGUCAAAUUGUAAAAAAAAAAAAAAAAAUCAUAAAACAGUGCCUCUACUUUUACAGUACUACUUUGCUCUAUCCCGGAUGAGAUAACAGUUAUGGGCGGGGCUUUAUCACAAAAGCUGCAGGAGUAGAGGGGCCAUAUUUUCAGACCAACUACAAACAGAAACGUUGAUCUUGGCACAAACCCACAUCAUUGUCACUUUUGGUCAUUUCAGUCACAUAAUAACUUCUGCAAGUAAAGUGAAACUGAUGGAAAUGCAGCAACUCGAGGAGUGAAACAGAGAAGAUUUGGUUGGUGUAAGAUAUUAACUGUUUUUGGAUAAUUUUAAAGCCAACAACGCCACCUUUUGCCCAAGGAGAGAGAUUGUAAUGGCACUCAAGUUCGCUCUACCUUUUGAAGAAGCAGGAGACGUGAUUCCAGUUUAAAAGAAAGAGAAAUCCUUUAUUUGAAAUAUCAUUCCCACACAAGGAAGGGGGAACCUUUUUUCAGGGCUGAGUCUUACCACGGUGCGAUGAGUCAAAAGGAAAGGAGGACACCAGAUAAUGUGAUGAUCACACUAAAAUUUACACAGUGCAACAACUAAAGACUGGGGAUACACAGCACACUAUAAGGGGAAAACCACCACCAGGACACCAGGGACCACCACUGUUGGCUCUCAGAAACUGAAAACGGACACAAAAAAGGGGGGAUUAGUGGGCUCACACUCAAAGAAAAAUAACAAACCCAAAAUAAUUUCAGAGGAGCAGAAGAUUGAGGUACACGCAUGUCAUAUUGUCGGCGAUGACAACAGUAUGUGCACUGAGCCAGUCAUGAGAGCAGGCAACCAUAAACACAGCGUCUAAAAAUAAGCCGAAACACAGACAAAUCAGCAUGAUAAUUGAUCGCUUAGCAUUUUUAGCAGCCACUGUUAACCUACCUGCACCGGUGUUAGUGUGAGAAGAGGGACAGGGUGGGGCAAGUGGAGGGAAGGGCCAGAGCAAGAGGAACGGGAGGCUGCCACUACUCCCUGUUAUAGAGUGCUCCUGUGAAUUAAUUGACUGACAGGGUAACCAAGACAGCAGGCAAAUACAACUCUUCUAAAAGUGAGGAUGAGACACAUCAUCCUGCCACACAAAAAAUAAAGAUAUUGAAAUAUUUUUAAUAUCGUCAAACCACUAGUAUCAACUUGGUAGAAGCAUUGUCUGGUUCUUGCUACCAAACUAGCCCUUCUCACUGUAAAGAGUGUUGACACAGUUAAGUCGAUCUCAUUCACAGCACUGAAGUGUUUUUGGUGUCAAUCUUUUGCAUUUUUGGUCCCCACACAACAUUGCUUCUUCUUGCAGAGCGUGAGCUGCAGAUCCUGCAUGGUCUUGAGGACCUGGACAUCCAGGAAGAUCAGAAUGCAGUGUUUGUUUGUGAGAUCUCAGCAGAGGAUGUGCCAGGGGACUGGUACAAAAAUGGGGAGAAGAUACAACCCACCAGCACCAUAAAGAUCCGCCAAGAAGGUCAGCUUCAAAAUCCCAAAGAAACUGUAUUCUCCUAUUUCCAGAAAAAAUGCAAUAGACUUCCCUUCAAAUUUCCUGAUCUGUAAAUAAAUUUCCAUGAAUACAGAUUAAAAAUAUUAUUUUUCUUUUCAUUCCAGGGACCAAACAUUUUCUUCUAAUUUGCAAUGUGCGAGCAGAGGACUCUGGAGAGAUCAAAUUUGUUGCCAGACAAGUUGAAUCUGUUGCUAACCUGGAGGUCAAAGGUAUUGUUCAUAUUUACUACUUAUUUCACUUGUGUGGCCUGAAAGAUCUGACUCAUAUGAAGACCUCACCUAUAAGUAUCUAGCGGGGUUCACACAUAAAUGAUUUCUCUAAUCUUUCACUACUAGAAACCUAGUCACACUGUUGCUUUCACCUUGUCCAGAGCUCCCCGUCAACAUCGUGAAACCUCUGGAGGAUAAGACGGCUAUCGAGAAGACCCGUGUGCUCCUGGACUGCGCUGUGUCUAACCCCAGAUGUAGCAUCCGCUGGUAUAAAGGAUGCAAUGUCAUCCUGCCCUCUGAGCGCUUUGAGAUCUGCAGUGAAGGCUGUUACCGGAAACUGAUCAUCCAGGAAGUGGCGCUACGUGAUGAGGGCACGUACAGCGUGCAGGUUGGAGAGCAUUCAUGCUCUGCAAAACUGACUGUAGAGGGUAAGAGACUUGAUGAGCUCUGUAUCCAUCUGACAUUACAGAAGACUUGAUAAUCAGUUAUUUAGGUAUUGUCAUUAAGCAGUAUGAUGUUUUUAAUGUUAUGAAUUAUAUUGACAGUACUGUACUGACUACAGGUAUCAAUAAAAAGCCUAGUCUUGUUUUCUCAGAGGAGAUAUAAAGCUUAAUUCUCUCAAAUAACUCACUUAUAGAGACCUUACUCUUAAUACUUAAUCUCAGAGCUCCACCUGCUGUCAAAACAAAGUCCUCACAUGUAUUUUCUGUGGCUGUAACACGACGACUAAAGGACAUUUGCAGUAAAUGCAACCCCAGGUUAUUUUUGCCAGUUCAAUUUCUGUCACACAUUUGUCAAUUUUUAUGGACACUUGAUGGCUUCGCCUCAAUUACACCUGAAAUUUUAAAUGUCAGAGGCAUCGGUAAUGUAAAUUACCACUGUGCAUAUUACUUUUGCAAGAAGAUGCUUGCAGAAAAAAAACUUAAUUUCAACCUAAAUUCAGUGUUAACCUUCGGAUCAGAGCCAUCACUGUGAAAUCGGAAAGUGUCCUCUGUGCUACCAUAUUUAAUGCUGGAGUGAGGGAGUUUAGGACAUGCAAAAAGGUAUGACGGCCUGUGACUAAAACCUUCUAUCACUGAGUCUGGGCUCUACCAUGAGGAAAAACUCUGCCCUCUAGUGCUGGAGUUCAAAUCCUGCAGUCAUCUCAAGUAACACUGUCCCGCCUUUUUCCAAGUCUCCCUCACCAUACUGUUUUUCACUUAAUUGCUUUAAAACUGUUUAAAGUUUGCCACUGAUGUUUCGUACAUUUCAGAGAUUUUUGUUAGGAACUGACAGCUGUCCUCUCGUUUGUGCUCUGACUCAUCAGCCCAGUCUAUGCAGAUGGUCAGAGAGCUGAUGGACGUGGAGGUCACGGCUUCAGAGGAGGCCUGCUUUGAAUGUGAGGUCUCGGCCCCGGUACUUAAAACCCCAGUGUGGAGUCUGAAUGGGGAACCCUUGGAGGCCAGCUCCAAGGUCCUCCUGGAGAGGAUGGGCACAGUCCACAGACUGACCCUCAGACAAACCACCCCAGACAUGAGUGGAGAGGUGGAGUUCACCUUUGAGAAAGCCAAAAGCAAAGCACAGCUUCGGGUACUGGGUAAGUAUGAGAAAUAGGGACCAAUUACUUUAUAAUUAUAAUUAUUUUACCUGACAGUUUCUCUCAGAUGUAGCUAACUUUGGAUAAUAUGCAACCUUCAGCUCUGUACAGUAGAGGGCGCUUUUGUCACAUUUAAAAUACCAAUCUCACUGGUACAGUUGUAAAAACACAUAAUAAACGCAAUCCAAUAGGGAAAUAACCUGCAAAUAAUGCUAUUAAAUGACAGACAGUGGUAUAUUUUCUGACCAGAGCAUUGUAAAAUGUCAUAAAACCAUCAGAAUGGAGAGUUUGAACAAACUUAAUAAGAUUUAGUCUUUUGUUUUGAGGGAUUUAAUGCUAACACUUUAUCAGCAAUGCCAUGGAAAAGUCAUAUUGCCAAUGUCAGUCAAUAGUCUUAGAAGGAAGAGCCAUGCUACCCCACUUCUGCCCAUCUGUAACAGCAUUUCCACUUAUUUUUGUAAUGCUGAGACAUGACACACGAUCACAGUGACAUUGAGAUAUUAAGACUGGUCCUCAACUGUAUAACAAUGGUUCUCUCACACUGUUUAAAACUAAUCUGGCAAUAUUACCCCAACUUCACUUUUUAUUUCAAAACUAUAUUCCAACUGUGCCAAUUCUAACAACAUUUCUCUAAAAGUUAUUCACAUAGAUAAUAAACUAAAAUGAUAAGAGUAAUUAGACUACAUUGCAUUGAUGACAUGCACAAAUAUGGGGAUUUAAGAAAGAAUAUUUACCUAAAUAAGCAUAGUUAGGGAUGAUUUUUAACACUUUUAUUGAUGUUUAUUAGUUGGAGUGUUCAAGCAAGGGUACCUCAUGAUUCGAUUUGAUUUUGGUUAUGGGAGCUUCUAUUCUAUUGAUUCUCGAGUCGAUUCGAUUAUUGGUGCCACGACUCUUCAAUUAUUGCCAUUUUUGUUGCUUCUUCCCAUACAGGAUUGAGUUUGUCUUCAUCUGUGGUUACAUGUGUAAAUAAAUAUCCCAUAAAUUAAGUCAGUUCCUCUAAAACUACACUCAAUAAGUAACUAACAAGGUUUUAUGAACAUUUGACUUGUAUUUUACAAAGACACAAAAUUUUACUUUGAGACUGUCUGACUGUUUUGUAAAUAUUUGCACUUUCACUUACUUAACUUCAACUGGGAAGUUGGAGACGGUCUCCAGGACGGUCCUCUGUGUGGUGGCGGGCACGGCCGGAGGAACCUUCUGUGUUUCGGGAUGAAAGCCUACAAAGUGCUGCCUCAUGUUAGUCGUGUUGUUGGGGUACUUUAUUUUUGUUUAGGAAAUCUUGCGUAGGUCUUGCAAGUCGUCUUGUUUGUUCUUUCUUAAAUUCCAAAGUACCUCCACAAAAUUGCAGUCAACCCCGGUGGCGAGGGAAUCUGUUCUUUGGAGGAUGUCUGCUGAAGCUGCCGCCAUUUUACAAACUAACGCGCUCUUUUUGUUGUGGUCCCACUCACUAAACAGUCCGGGCGGUGCGCACAUUAAGGUUCCGUUUUUUUUUGUGUUUUUUUUUUUUUGCGGCAAAGCAACGACGUUAUCAUUAAUUUAUUAAUUUAUUAAUUUAUUUCAAGCAUCGACGUUAAAAGGGAUAUUCCGGCGUAAAAUUAGAUUAGGGUCAAACACACCGUAACACCAAGUUAGACACCCCCUCGAGAGAUGAAUGUUGCAUACCGCUUGCUUCUCUUGUUAUACCAACUUUAGUAACGACCGCACUAUUGCGAUACACAGCGGUCUAUAGAACCACACACAAACCUCAACCAAAGCGCCACUCUACAGCAACAAAUAAUGCUCAGAACAGCACCUAACUUCAUCAACAGUACAUAUAGGGUUCUAGCCAUAGUACUAGCCACCAAACAUCUUUUUAACUUUGCCUAAUUUCUUUAGCAAAGAGACUAAACACAACUCACCUACUUUCUUCCAGCAGCCACUUAUAACUUCAAGGAAAUGAUAAAGUAAUGAUCAUGAAAUGACCGGAAUAUCCCUUUAAUAAACUGAUGCCGAAUGGUGACUAGCUGUAGUUAUUAGCUGGAGGUGGGUGCAAUUCAUCUAUGGAGGUGGCUCUGUACAAGUAUAAAGCUGACCAGCAGGUGGAGCAAUAAGUUUGUAACCCAGUGGUGUAAUUCAAAAACUAACCACUAGAUGGCAGCACAAACAUAGGCUUGAGUUAGCCCUUACAGCACGGGAUGCACCAUUUACAGUCUAGGUCAUGAAUUGAUAUAAUCUCAGGUAAUAAAAGAAAAACGUGUACCAGAGAGAUAACUGUUAAGUUAUCAAACUCUUCAGCAAAAAAAGGAAAUAUUUGCACACUUAAAACCACAAAAAAUGAAUAAACAUAUUGAUCCGUAUCCAAUCAGUGCAUAAAUCUGCAGCCUGGUUUCAAGUUGGCAACAUAAUGUGUUAACUAUGUUGCAUGACUUGGCGCUGCACAUGAGGCACAUAGUAAUAAUUACAGCGAAUAUUCUGGCUACAUGUGCACCGAGACUAUUAUAGGUGUUAAUGGUCCUAUCAGCGAUGUAGGUCAGCCAGUACAGGGCACACAGACCUACAAAACCUUCUUUGGCUUCCUAAAAGUGCAGGGGAGUAAACUAUUUUUAGAGUUUUUAUCAUGUGGGCUUUUAAAGAAAGAGUAUUAUGUUCGAGUAUAUGACUUUGGUGGUGACCAGUUGAAGAGCUGAUGAGAUGUCAGGAGGGGAGAUCAGGUCAAGAAGUCACGUUUGGCCCAGAAAAACAAGGAGGGGAAUGUGAAUCAAACAAUUUUUUAAGCGCUGCGGUUUUGAGGUGUUUUAUAUUUGAGUAUUUCCAUUUCAUAAUCUACUUUUCAGGACUUUUUACUGUUGCUGCUACUUUUUAAAAAGUUUGAUCAUGGCUUUAUUAUAAAAUCUUGGGGCUUCGUUCGACACAGGCAGAUAAAAUGUUUGAAAAUGUUGGUUUGCUCAGCCUUUUCUAAACUGAUGGAUGAUCUCCUGAACCUUUAAUACAUCAUGAUUUAAACCAUAAUAUUCUCAUCGAUCAAAAGAACUCACUUUUUUCAAUAUCCUUUCACUUCAUCAAAUAUAAAAUUACUUUAAACAUUCCCAGCCUUGAAAUCUGUCCUUUUUAACAAUCUCACAGGUCUUGAAUGAACACAGUAUUUCUAAGUCAUGAAGUCUAAGAGUCAAACUAUUAUUUGCAAAGGUCCUUUUUUCAAUUUUAGAGUUGACAAAAGUUGUAUUAUUGACAUUUGCACGUGACAGCUCCACAUUUUGACAGAAUAGGGUCAAACCUGUUGACUGGUACUGUGUAGUUGUCAGUCUAAUUUUUCUCUGCUCGAAUUUCAGGUGAGCCCUGAGCGACAUCUUCUACCUGUCAUCGCCUAAUUGACACUGAUUGAUGCUUUUAAGUUGUGACAUUGACUCUGCUUCUAUAUCUACAAACAAUAUGUCUAUAAAAGAGGUUUAAACAGGGUCGAGAUGGAUUUUCAUGCAGUUCAGUUAACUGAGGGAGUAGAUUUUCUUUUCUUUACAUCUAAUGAAGGAAACAUAUCUGUUUUGUGUCAUUGUUGGAGUGUGAAGGUGUUUUUAACCAUUUCUUAAUUGUAAUGCAAAAUGCAGUUUGGAUGUAAAUAAUGUUCUGUGUGUAAGUGAUCGGACUGUAACUGUGCUCUGGAGGUUUAUGCUGAAUGUUUAUUUGUGACAAUAAAUAAUUGAUUUGAAUAUUGUGAAGAAAUAAAGGGGUUACGAAAAGAUUCAUUGACAACAAUAAAGUGGCGAUUAUGAGUUUGACGAACUGUAGCAUAUGUAAACAACUGGAAAAAUAGUGUCCAAAAAGAGCAGAACAGACUCAGAAAUAUUACCUUUAAAGACCUUUAUAGAGAUGUUGUAUUAAAUUCAAGGCACAGAAGCUGCUAAUGUUGUUAAUAUUUUCCAAAAAAAUAAUAAUAAUAAUACAACCCCAAUCCAACAAAAUUGGGAUGCUGUGUAAAAGGUUUAAUAAAAACAGAAUUUUAAAGUUUGCAAAACAUUUAAACUGUAUUUAGUGGAGUUUCAAAUAUGGAAAUACUGUCCCUGUCUUGCCUGAUACCAACUCACAGCUGCUCAGGUUCUUCUUUGUCAUCAUUUUUGUGUCACGUUACACCACAUAUUUCUAAUAGAUGACAAGUAGGUUCUGCAGACAGGACAUUUCAACACCUGGGCUCUUUUACUCCUGAGCCAUGCUGUUGUAAUAUGUGCAGAAUGUGGUUUGGCAAAACUCAUAUACUGUAUAUCAUUCACAAAGUGGUGAAUCUCUUUCCCUCUGAGACACCCGGCCUCUCUGGAGUGCUCAUUUUUAUACCAAGUCAAGUUAAUUAGCAGGAGAUGCUCCACCAUGUGUUUUUUCAGCAUUAGUCAACUUUUUUCAAUGUUUUCAUGUCCCUAGCCAAACAUAUUGCUAAAAUCAAAU